AUGCGCCAAACAAGGCGCAAACAUAAGCGGCUGUGCUUAGAGCGCUCCUCAAACAGCAGAUCCAAGCAAGAAAAGACGUCACCACCAUCACCUCCACCAGCGGAAUCAGACCCAUAUCGUCACCAUCCAGCACAGCAGCCGCCCCCCAAACACUUACUAGCGCAAGACCACGUCCCAGCAUCUGCCCGCGUCUUCGGCACGUUUGAGCUCCUCGAGAUCAUCCUCUCAAACUUGUCCGCCUGGGAUGUCAUGCACCUCCAACGCGUGUGCACGCGGUGGCGAGACACGGUGCAAGGCUCUGUCCCGCUAAGGCGAAGAGUAGACGAGGUGCAUGAGAUGAGGAAGAUUCUGGUGCUGCUUUGUCGGCGGGCGGAUGAGGAGGCCGGUGGGGGCUGA